AUGGCGGCUCUUUUAAAAAAAAGAGCUUUAGCUGAAUUUACUCAAGCUAUAAAAACAGAGGUUGAAGAUGACUACAUACCAUUAAAAAAAUUAAAAUUACCUAAAAAACAAUGGAACGUUGCAAGUUCAGGCAGUGCCUUUAUUGGUAUGCUUUCCAAAUGUAAAACUUCCAACGAAGCUCUUCAAUUACUUUUGCGAGUAUCAGAAACUGCUGUUAGCAUACAAUGCUCUGAUAUACCAGAAGCGAUAAAAAAACUAGUCGAACAUUUGCAAGUAGAAAAAGAAUCAGCUGUCAGAGCAAAAAUUUUGAAUCUCUUUGCUGAUUUAGGAGAGUUGGAUGGAGCUGAUGUUUUGAAUAUAAUGGAUGAAACUAUUGAACACAUCAAAAAUGAAAAGUCUCAUAAAGUCAUUGCCCAAGCGUUAUCCACUCUAUUGCAUUUAGGUAAAAAUAUUCAGUCUCAGCAUCUGAAGUUAAUUCAAAUAUCCAAACAGUUUUUAAAAGACACAAAUAACAUAGUAAAAUGUAAAUGUUUAAAUUUAAUUGGCACUGUGCUUCCGAUAUGUGAUAAUAAUCAGGAUACACUUAAAUUGGUAGCAAACUUUUCUUAUAGUGAGGAUGCAAGAGUUAGAAGUGCUGCGCUAAACACUUUAGUUUUACUUUUUGAAAGAGGACAAAAACUUGAUGUUAGUUUUUAUCAUAAAGCAUGCGAUGCCUUAAAAGACGAUUAUGAAAUUGUUCGAUUAUCUGCUCUUAACCUUAUUAGUGUAUUGUCUCAAACAUAUGGUGAAGAACCUGUAAUGGUGAAGAAUGAAACUAUUAACUUAAUUGAUGAUGCAUUCGUUAAAGUUUGUUUAAUGGUGACAGAUUUAUCGAUGAGAGUAAGAACGAAUGCAAUAACAAUGUUAGGAAGCAUGAAAAAUGUUUCUCCAAAACUGUUACAACAAACAUUAGAUAAAAAAUUAAUGUCCAACAUGAGACUAAAAAUAUCAGCUCAUGAACGUUCGAAAAACAAUGUUACAUCUGGUGAAUGGUCAAUCGGUAUGAAAUGGACUAAUGAUGCUCCAAAGGAACUUUUAAAAGCAGAAAAUAUAAGUCUUAUCGCUUCUGGAUCUUGUGGUGCACUUGUCCAUGGACUCGAAGAUGAAUUCCAGGAGGUUAGAAGUGCUGGAGUUGAUUCUCUUUGUCAGUUAUCCUUGGAUAAUCCAGAAUUUGCAAUAUUAUCAUUAGAUUUUUUAGUAGACAUGUUCAAUGAUGAAAUCGAAUUGGUGAGAUUAAAAGCGAUAGAAAGUUUGACAAAAAUUAGUUAUCAUAUUAUAUUGAGAGAGGAUCAAUUAGAAACCAUUUUGGGAGCAUUAAAAGAUUUCUCUUUGGAAGUGAGAGAAGGACUACAUAGAAUGCUUUCCGCUUGUAGAUUGUCAACAAAAGAUUGUUUGCAAAUGACAGUUGAAAGUUUACUAGAUAAUUUAAAAAAAUAUCCACAGGAUAAGAAAUCAAUAUUUAAAUGUUUUCAAAAAGUCGGUGAAAGACAUCCGGAAUUAACGUUGCCAUUAGUACCGGAAUUAUUAGCAAUUCAUCCAUUUUUCGAUACUCCCGAACCGGAUGUCGAAGAUCCCCUAUAUAUAUGCGUAUUGAUAUUAAUAUUCAAUGCUGCGAAAAAUUGUCCAACUAUGGCGGCACUUUUCGAAGAACACACUUUAAAACAUUAUAGAUAUCUUAGAGACACCAUGUCAAAUUUUGUUCCUCAUCUUAAACUCAAACACGACGAAGACAAAAUGGAGUUACCAUUUGUCGAAACGGGUACCAAAGAAUUUCUCACGUCGAUAAUGAAUAAUAUAAAAAAUACUCCGAGCACGAGAGUUCGAAUUGAAUUGAUGAAAGCAGCACAGAAAUUUUUAAUUGGGAUUUCCGAAUCUGAUGCGAGCAUCGGGGGCGCGGCUGUUUUCCUUUCAUCGUUCAUUAAAUGUCAAUUGAUCAUACAGAAAAUUCUAGAAGAAAAAUUUUCUCCCCUAUCCAAUCACGAACCCAAUUCAGUUUUUAAACUAUUACAAAUAUCGUUACAGUUACAGUAUUGUUUUACAAAUUUAACGGAUGUUCAAAUAGCCGGAAUGAAACAGUUGAAAUUGAAAGCUCUCGCGGUUAUGUUGGUAAAAGUGGUCAAGGGUAAUUCGUCGGCACUUUCUCUCUGUCAUUAUUUUUUAACGACCGUCGACAACACUCAAAGGCAUUUGGCAUCGUGUGGGAUAGCACCGGAAACGUGGACGAAAAGUCUUUUCAAAGAAUUAUCCCUGUUGGAGGAUAAUAAACCGGGAGUCGUGGCGAGAAUACUUUUACCCAUAAUAAAUAACAUACAACCCUCGCCUCCGCCAUCUUGUUUGAAUUUCGACAUCGGAAUGUGUAAAGCCGUUAUAUCCGAACCAACGGAUGAUGCUGACGUCACGAUAAAAUUUACGGCGGGACUCAUCGGCGGGAUUCCUUUCGAUGCGGAAAUCAAUUCUCUGUCGAACGUUUCCGUACUGAGAAUAAAAAUAAAAUAUCCGGAUCAAAACACGAUAUUAGUUUUACCGAAUAAAAACGAUUUGAAACCGAUAAAUAAAAAUGAGAAGGAAAACACGGAUUAUCGUCUUCUCACGACCGUUUUACUAUCCCAUCAGGUUUGGACGGAAUCCUGUUACGUUGAUAUAAGUUUAGCAUUAGAAUUAGCAGGAGAAGAAGGUUUGUUUUCGUUUGGAAAUCGUACUCCUCUUCCAAUCGAAAUCGAUCCCUACGUCAUUGAUAUUUGUAAACCCGUUAAGGUAUACGUAUCGCCAAAACCCGUUAAAAGAGGGAUUUAA